GGUUGGCAGACAGAGCAACACUCAGUCAGUCGAUGCAGGUCAACCUACUUACAGGCCACAAGGAACUCACUGCUGGACUUGUAUGAGUACCAGUAAGCAGCAGAAGCCAGUGCUCACAGGCCAGAGGUUUAAGACAAGGAAAAGGGAUGAAAAGGAGAAGUUCGAGCCAACAGUGUUUCGUGACACUAUCGUGGCAGGUCUUAAUGAAUCCGCUGGAGACCUGGAUGCUGUAGCCAAGUUUCUGGAUGUAGCUGGGUCCCGACUGGACUACAGGCGCUAUGCCGACACCCUGUUCGACAUUCUCAUCGCAGGGAGCAUGCUUGCUCCUGGAGGGACUCGUGUUGAUGAAGGUGACAGGACCAAGGUGACAGCGUACUGUGUGUUCACCUCGGAGGAAACCCAUGCUGCUCUCCGUCUGCAUGCUCAGGUGUUCAGUAAGCUCAUCAGAAGGUACAAGUAUCUGGAGAAGGCCUUUGAGGAGGAAAUCAAAAAGCUACUUCUCUUCCUGAAGGCCUUCAGCGAGUCCGAGCAGACCAAACUGGCUAUACUCACUGGCAUCUUGCUGGCCAACGGCACGCUGCCACCUCCCAUCAUCACCAGCCUCUUCACUGAAAGUGUGGUCAAAGAAGGGAUUUCUGCAUCAUUUGCAGUGAAGAUGUUCAAAGCAUGGAUCGCAGAGAAAGAUUCAAACUCUGUAACGUCUUCGCUGAGGAAGGCAAACCUCGAUAAGAGGCUUCUGGAGCUGUUUCCUGCAAACAAGCAGAAUGUGGAGCAUUUCUCAAAGUACUUCACUGAAGCCGGGCUCAAGGAGCUUUCCGACUUCCUACGUGUGCAGCAGAACCUGGGAACCCGCAAAGAGCUGCAGAAAGAACUGCAGGGCCGCUUGUCGCAGCAAUGUCCCAUCAGAGAGAUGGUGAUUUAUGUGAAAGAGGAGAUGAAGAGAAAUGAGCUGCAGGAGCAGGCUGUGAUUGGCUUGUUGUGGACAUGCCUGAUGAACGCAGUGGAGUGGAACAAGAAGGAAGAGCUGGUCACAGAGCAGGCUCUCAAACAUCUCAAACUUUACGCUCCUCUGCUGGCGGUGUUCAGCACUCAGGGUCAGUCUGAGCUGGUUCUGCUUCUGAAGAUACAGGAGUACUGCUACGACAACAUCCACUUCAUGAAGUCCUUCUCUAAGAUUGUGAUGCUCUUCUACAAAGCUGACGUCCUGAGUGAAGAGGCCAUCCUGAAAUGGUACAAAGAUGCUCACGCUGCCAAAGGAAAAAGUGUUUUUCUGGAACAGAUGAAGAAGUUUGUGGAGUGGCUCCAAAACGCUGAAGAAGAGUCGGAGUCAGAGGGGGAGGAAGGUUAGCAGAGGAGGAGGAGGAGGUCCUGUAGUUCACAGAGCAGCUUGAUCAUGUGGAGAUUUAACGUGAGCUGAUACGGACCCUGAUCCUGAUCUGAAGCAUCAAAUAACCAUGAGCCUGGAUUCUGGAUGCAUCCCACACAUGUAGACGGUCCAGAUCAAGUCCAUCAACUUGAAAACUGUCCAAGAAUAUUAAUACUACUAUUAGAUCUGAGAUGAUACAAAUUUUAUUAAACCUUACCUUUUGCAUGUCACUUGGCAACUCUCUGA